AUGCUAAUGUUUUGUAUGCCCCAAACAACAAUGGCUCCCCGUUUAUCUCUCCUCUUCUUAUGCACCCUCCUGGCGACGACGUCUUUGGUGUUUGCAGAAGACGACGGCGAUGACAUUUUGAUCCGUCAAGUAGUUGGGGACGGCGACGGCGACCUGUUGAAUGCCGACCACCACUUCACCGUUUUCAAGAGGAGGUUCGGCAAAGCGUACGCCUCCGAUGAGGAGCACGAUUACAGGCUCUCGGUGUUCAAGGCUAACAUGCGCCGCGCAAAGCGACACCAGGAGCUCGACCCUGCUGCCGUCCACGGCGUCACUCAGUUCUCCGAUUUGACUCCGACCGAAUUCCGACGCAAGUUUCUCGGUUUGAAUCGUAGGCUUAAGUUUCCGGCUGAUGCGAAAACAGCUCCGAUCCUUCCCACGGAUGAGCUUCCGUCAGAUUUCGACUGGAGAGACCACGGUGCCGUUACGCCUGUUAAGAAUCAGGGAACAUGCGGGUCGUGCUGGUCGUUCAGUACCACUGGAGCAUUGGAGGGUGCCAAUUUUCUGGCCACAGGGAAGCUCGUGAGCCUUAGCGAGCAACAGCUUGUGGAUUGUGAUCAUGAGUGUGAUCCUGAAGAAGCUGGUUCUUGUGAUUCUGGGUGCAAUGGCGGGUUGAUGAAUAGUGCCUUUGAAUACACACUCAAAGCUGGUGGACUUAUGAGAGAAGAAGAUUAUCCUUACACGGGCAAUGAUCUUCAAGUCUGCAGAUUUGACAAGACCAAGAUUGCUGCUAAGGUUGCUAACUUCAGCGUUGUAUCCCUUGACGAAGACCAAAUUGCUGCAAAUCUUGUCAAAAAUGGUCCUCUUGCAGUGGCUAUCAAUGCAGUGUUCAUGCAGACUUACAUUGGGGGCGUUUCGUGCCCAUACAUAUGCUCCAAGAGGCUGGACCAUGGUGUCCUGUUGGUGGGUUAUGGUUCAGCGGGCUACGCUCCCAUCCGGAUGAAAGAAAAACCAUACUGGAUCAUCAAGAACUCGUGGGGCGAGAGCUGGGGGGAGAAUGGGUACUACAAGAUCUGCCAGGGUCGCAAUGUCUGUGGAGUGGACUCCAUGGUUUCUACUGUUGCAGCUGUUAGCACCACCACUUCAGACUAGCACGACACAUUCUGUAAAGUAGUUCUGUAAGAUAGUGUUUGCAAGUGUGUCACAGAGAGCCAUAACACAAAACAACAGACUGUGCAAGUGUAUUCAUUAUUAAUUUUCAUCAAUCUAUUUCUCAAUUUCGUCAACUCUGAAA